CACGCACAUUAGAUGCAUACAUAAGAGUAGGCGCUCUUCUCAUGAACAUAAUACAGAGCAACGCUCUCACCUAUGUAGCAAAGUAGCUGUGCUCAGCAAACGGAUUGUAACAUUUUGACGCAGAUUUGUACUUCUUUCAGACGCGUCUUUUUUCUGAAUUGAGUGGCCUGAGCAGAAUGGUAUCCCUCGUGAAUUACGCGUGUCUUUUCUUGCCUGUUGCUCUCCAGCUGAUCGUCGGCCCCUGUCCCAGCUCUGCUGCCUCCACCAGGAGGUGUCACUCCAUCUAUAAGGGCUUCGCUCAGUGUCUGAUGGCUCUGGGAGACAGCCUGACUGACAGUGCCCAGAAAGAUGAGGACACACAGGAGAUACACACCAUCUGCAAGUCCUGGGAUGAGUUUCAUGACUGUGCAAACGUGGCGAUGGCCUGGUGUCCAGAUGAGGCUUCUGCUGUCUGGGAGUCUCUGCGACAGGAGUCCAAGAAGAUGCAGUUUUCUGGAAACCUGUAUGACAUGUGCUCCAGUCGUAACCAACCAGCUGCCAACGCUGAUGCCCUGAGCCCGUCCAACCAGGAAGAGAUUAACCAGGAGUCUCUAAAAGCACACGCCCACCGUCCAGGUCCUGCCUCCUCCUUCUUGCUCCCCUCAUGUCUGUCUUUUCUGCUGCUUUCUCCAGCCUAUUGACACGACCAGGGUGAAGGGCAGGGAUGAACUCAUAGAGGACAUGUACAAACAGAGUAGUAUCAUGAAGUCACUCAUAUUUUUUCUGUACUAAAAAGGAGUUGCAUAUACACUACCGUUCAAAAGUUUGGCGUCACUUAGAAAUGUCCUUG